GAAGCCCCCAAGUAAAAGGGAGACAGAUAGUAGUAAACUGUUUAAAACUUGAGCAAGAGGGGCUGUUUGUCCACUUUUUGUUUACUAAAGUAACACGUCAACGUCGUCCACAGCUGUUUUCCGACGACACAACGGAAUGGUGUGAAUGUCCAGCCGGGAGAGAGGAGCGAGUUUACACAUAUCCACAUCCACCGGAGCGACUUUUUUUUUUACUUCAAGCCGAGUUCACUUGGGCAUUUUCUGGAGACUCUGCAUGCUGGGGCUAGUGGCUGACUUCCUGAAGCCUACGUCACAGAGAGGGAAACCUUAGGAAAACACAGGAGAAAGGCAGGUUCCUCAUUCUCUUUCAUACUGGAAGCUGCAGGAUAUUUACAGAAUGGCAAGAAGAUCCCCCAUCCCCUUGUUACUUCUUGCAAUAUGCUGCCUUACAUCUGCAGGGCCUUUGUUUCGCAGCCCAUGUGAGCUUCUGCCAGUGGGCAUAGGCCACCCGGUGCAGGCCAUGCUGAAGAGUUUCACCGCCCUGUCAGGCUGUGCAAGCAGGGGCACCACCAGCCUCCCCCAGGAGGUCCACAUCAUCAACCUGAGAGGACAUGCUCCAGAGGGACCAGACAACACCCCGGCAGAAGUUGAGCUGCAUCUGAAGCCCCUCCAGUCUCUGCUGCGCCACCAGAAGCCACUCGCCUUCGUGCUCAACUCCCCCCAGUCGCUGAUCUGGAAGAUCAAGACGGAGAACCUGGCCCCAGGCCUUAAACAUACCUUUCAUGUAUCCGAGGGCUCCGAGGUCCACUUUCAGCCGGGAAACUUCUCCCGCCUUUGCCAGAUCCAGAAGGAGACCCUUCCCCAUGGCAAUGAGCACCUCCUUAACUGGGCCCAGAAGAAGUACAGAGCGGUAACCUCCUUCUCUGAGCUCAGGAUGACUCAAGACAUCUACAUCAAAGUUGGAGAAGAUCCAGUGUUUUCUGACACCUGCAGGAUUGAUACCAAGUUCCUGUCUCUGAACUACCUGGGCGGCUACGUGGAGCCGCAGACAUCAAAGGGCUGCGUCCUGUCUGGACCCGACAAAGACCGAGAAGUCCACAUCGUCGAGCUCCAAGCCCCAAACUCCAGCAGUGCUUUCCAGGUGGAUGUCAUAGUGGAGUUACGGCCUCUUGAGGACGAUGCCCCGCUCCAUCGUGACGUCGUCUUGCUGCUGAAGUGCGCAAAGUCCGUCAACUGGGUCAUCAAGGCCCACAGCGUGAUCGGCAAGCUGGAUGUAGUGGCCUCCGAUACAGUGAGUCUUGGUUCAAAUAUAGACAGACUGAUGCAGGUCUCAAAAUCCCCCAAGCAGCACUUACCAUCGGGGUCACAAGCCUUGAUCAAGUGGGCAAGGGACCAUGGCUACGGUCCAGCCACGUCUUACACCAUUACUCUUGUGGCUAACCACUUCACCAUCCGGCUCAGAGAGCCAGAUGUGGUGGAUCCUCUGGAGAGCAAGUUUCCUCCAGAGCUCUCCAUCCUGCGUGACUCUAGUCCUCAUCCAGGAGGAGGAGGAGGAGUUGCUUCUCCACACUCCAGUUUGCCCUUUCAAUUCCCUCCACCUGUGUCCGACGGCCUGCCCUACCUGCAGCUGCACCCCUCCCUGGACGUGCGGCCGUGGGAGCACCAGGGUGUCCUGAGUGUUGGGCUCACUGUGCAGUGUGAGAACACAAAGAUGGUGGUCAGCAUCGACAGAGAGAGUUUGCAAGCAAGUGGGUUUACGCACGCCAACCUCACGCUCCAAGACCCUACUUGCAAAGCAACAGUAAAUGCCACCCACUACACGCUGGAAACUCCUCUGAAUGGCUGUCACACCGCUGUGUAUCCAAUGCCGAACAGCCCGAUGGCCCUUCACAUGAACUCUGUCCUGAUAAGUCAUGCUGAGAAUAAGGAUGGGAGCGGUGGGCCUCUUGAUUAUGACGACCUGGAAUCUGGAGAUGUGCUGUUCCCAAAGGAGUCAGAGAAGACGUUGACGGAGCGCACAGAGCACCCGUCCGUCAUUGAGUUCAACUGCACAUACCGAAAGAACCAGGAGACCUCAGAGACUCUUGACAGGAUUGUACCGGGACCAGCGAAGCAGCCAGUCAACAACAUGUCAUUUAACAUGGAGCUGUACUACACGCUGCCGUUCAACAGCCCUUCACGCCAGGCCUUCUACACUGUCGCACAAAAUCAGCAAGUCUUUGUGGAGGUCACAUCAACCGCAUCAGAUCCAGAGCUGGGGUUCACCAUCAUAUCCUGCUUUGUUUCUCCCGACUCCAACCCCAGUGUGGCCUCGGACUACACUCUCAUUGAGACGGUCUGCCCGACAGACGACUCCGUCAAAUACUAUCCUCGGAGGGAUUUCCCUGUCGCUCACAUGCAGACGGAGAAGAAAAGUUUCAGCUUCAACUUCAAUUCAAUUUUCAAUACCAGCCUCAUUUUCCUGCACUGUCAGAUGUGUCUGUGCUCUAAAAGACCUCAGAAUAACCAAAGACUACCAAUGUGCUUACAACCUGGUGAGACCUGCAAUUCUCUGAGUCUGGACAAUAUCCUGGCCAUGAUGAUGAACACAAAGACGUCUACCAAGCCGCUGGUUGUCGUGGAUGGAAGUCAUUCAGGCAUUACAGUUAUUCCAACUCCAAAAGCACCUCCAAGUCCUCAAGAUCCCGCUAAUGAUGGCACUCUGUACGUCCUGGACACGCCGAUCGUGGUGGGGAUCGCCUUCACAGCCUUUGUGAUCGGAGCUCUGUUGACCGGAGCCCUGUGGUUUAUCUACUCGCACACAGGCGAGGCAGCUGCUGCGGGAACACAGCAGGUCCAGAAGUCCCAGCCCGCCUCAGAGAACAGCAGCGCGGCACACAGUAUCGGCAGCACACAAAGCACACCCUGCUCCAGCAGCAGCACAGCGUAGCCCAGGACGAGACCCUGACCACAGCACCGGAGGGGGUCUGCGAUCACAGGGACCGGUGUGUCGAUCUCCUUCCAUUAUGUGAUAUAAAGUUCAAAAAUCAUGAUCUGAAAGUAGCAGAAAGCAGAUGGUAACACUUUGGGGCCUUGUGUAAACUGUGUCUGUGCCACUUCAACUAAGUGCAGGAAAAUAUUCUUUCCCGGGAAAACUACGAGACAAAAAACAAGUUAAUAUCAGGCUUUUCUUUCUAAUCCAGAUGCUGUUUUGAUAGUUCCCGACACAGCCUUUUGUUUUGACCAUAAAUGGUUUGAUUGAGGCUGUUUAUAACAAGCAGGUGUACUUUGACAGUGAGGAAAGCAGUCCGGCAGAAGUGAUGUCAGUAUUAGUAAGUCAGACGUUGAUGGCUGGUCUAACACGUAACUUUAUGACAUGAUAACCUUAAAGGGGCAAAGGAGCGGAGCAACCACUAUAAACAUGCGGACAUAAGUGCAGUAUAAACACAAGUCGUCAUCUUCUCAUACGGAGAAAGGACGGAUUUUAGAAGAAAGCGUAGUUGGUGAAUGUAUACAGAAGAGUAAACGCCAAAUAAUGUGACAGAUUAAUGUGAAAAGACAUGUUUAUGAAAGAUGUAUUAUUAUGUAAUCACUUUGCUGAUACUUCCCUCAUGAUUACUGAGUGUCUGCUUUCUUCUCAGUAGUUACAGUCGACUAUAGAAUUGGGGUCUGCGACUCUAAAUAAUGUUACACAACUUCACAAGGGCAUUUUGUGUUCCCUUUUUCUAGUUUUUCAUCACAGAAUAUUUGAACAUUUUGGGAAAUGUGAUCUAUGCUCUCAUGUCUUUGUGUUCAUUAAGGGUCACAUGUUAUGUAAAAUUAACUUCACUAUGUUUUUCUGGCACUUAUAUGUGUCCCUAGUCUGUCUACAAACCCACCAAUCAGGGAAAAGUCCAUCCUUUCAAUCUCUUGCCUGCUCCACUUUUCAGAAAAUGUGUGCUCAAACAGGCUGUUUGGAGAUUUUCCUUUCAUGACAUCACAAA